AUGGGCUCUGAUGACCGGCAGACGGUGGGGCCUGCAAAACCCAGCCAGGCGUCUUCCCGCCGGUCACAUCUGUCGGCUGACUCGGCCGCCGGUCACAUCUGUCGGCUGACUCGGCCACAACCCCAGCGUGCGCGCGCCUCUGCGCUAACGGCUUCCUUCCGGGGCCCCAGCGUAGGCGGCGACUUUGAGCAUCCUCCUUCCUGGACGCGGCCUGACCUGCCGGCCCCACCCACGACCCGCCCUGAGGACCAGCUCCGGCCAGGCGCAGCGGGGAUCAGACCUGCCCCACGGGAGAUGACGGAGGAAACGCACUUGGAAGAGAGGCGCGUGUGUAACAGGGUCUCAGGAAGUCCUUGCUGCCACCACCACGGCUGCCAGCCCCGCCGUCACCUCCUCUCCUUCGCCCCAGCGCCCCGAAGCCCCUCAGACUUUGUCCCCCCGGGGUCUCCCACCUUCUCGGCUGCCUCCAGGGAGUGGGGUGGCCAUGGCAACAAUGGGGGUGGUGCUGCCAGGGUGGGUGGUGGGGACAACUCUGUAGGGAGUCCCCCUAGUGCUGAUGUCUGGAGGCUUGCUCUCCCACGGGCUGCGUCCACCAACGCCUCCCAGGACGGCCACACGGUGGCCAGAGCCACCAUCCCAAAAAAACUCUCCCCGGUGGAUGUCAGACCCAAGGACGAGGUCCUCUACAAGCACAAGUGUCGGAGCAGUGGCCCACAGACAUUUAUCCGAGCCCAGCCAACCUAUGUCAAAGUUGAAGUUCCUGGUGCAUUUGUUGGUCCCGCGACCAUGUCCCCAGGUAUGACACCUUUGUUAGCUUCCCAGCCCCGACGACAGGCAAAGCAGCAUGGCUGCACAAGGUGUGGGAAGAACUUCUCAUCUGCGAGCGCGCUUCAGAUUCACGAGCGGACUCACACCGGGGAGAAGCCUUUUGUGUGUAACAUACGUGGGCGAGCUUUUACCACCAAAGGUAACUUGAAGGUCCAUUAUAUGACACACGGGGCCAACAAUAGCUCGGCGCGCCGUGGCAGGAAGCUGGCCAUCGAGAACACCAUGGCUCUAUUAGGAACGGAUGGGAAGAGGGUCCCCGAGAUGUUUCCCAAGGAAAUCCUGGCCCCUUCAGUGAACGUGGACCCUGUUGUGUGGAACCAGUACACCGCCAUGCUCAACGGUGGUCUGGCAAUGAAGACCAAUGAAAUCUCCGUGAUCCAGGGUGGUGGCAUUCCCACCCUCCCAGUGUCGCUGGGGGCCAGCUCUGUGGUGAAUAACACCACUACCUCCAAGAUGGAUGGCUCCCAGUCGGCCAUCAGUGCCGAGGUGGAGAAGCCAGGAGCUGCCGACAGCGUCCCCAAACACCAGUUCCCUCACUUCCUGGAGGAAAACAAGAUCGCCGUCAGCUGA